AUGACAGCACCACCAACACACAACAUCAAAGUGUUCUUUUUGCAGGAAGAUGCAGCAAACAACUUUGCUCGUGGACAUUAUACGAUCGGGAAAGAGAUCGUUGAUUUGGUUCUUGAUCGAAUCCGAAAGCUUGCGGACAAUUGCACCGGUCUUCAAGGCUUCUGCGUCUACAACGCUUGCGGAGGAGGCACAGGAUCCGGCUUGGGUUGCCUGAUGCUCGAGCGUCUCUCGGUGGACUAUGGGAAGAAGAGCAAGAUCUCCUUCACCGUGUGGUGUUGCCCGCAAGUCGCCACGGCUGUUGUAGAGCCUUAUAACACUGUCCUGUGCGUGCACUCACUACUCGAGCACACAGAUGUCACCAUUAUGUACGACAACGAGGCAUUGUACGACAUUUGCCGCAGGAACUUGGACAUUGAACGCCCCACGUACACCAACCUCAACCGCCUCAUUGCCCAGAUCAUUUCCAGUCUGACCGCAUCGCUGCGCUUCGAUGGAGCCUUGAACGUGGACAUCACUGAGUUCCAGACCAAUCUGGUGCCGUACCCCCGCAUCCACUUCAUGCUGACCUCGUAUGCGCCGGUCAUCUCUGCGGAGAAGGCCUACCACGAGCAGCUGUCGGUGGCUGAGAUCACCAUGUCUGUCUUCGAGCCGGCCUCCAUGAUGGUCAAGUGUGAUCCACGCCACGGCAAAUACAUGGCCUGCUGCAUGAUGUACCGCGGAGAUGUGGUGCCGAAGGAUGUGAACGCCGCCGUGGCGACCAUCAAGACCAAGCGCACCAUUCAGUUUGUCGACUGGUGCCCGACCGGCUUCAAAUGCGGCAUCAACUACCAGCCGCCUACCGUGGUGCCCGGUGGUGAUCUGGCGAAGGUGAUGCGUGCCUGCUGCAUGUUCCUUGCCUGA